AUGGCUAUUAGCAAAGCCCAGCUAUGUCUCGAUGUCAUUACUCGGUACUUUGAGUUUUCCGCGCAGCUGAAAGCCAUGCGUCAAAUGCUUGAACGGGCCAUCCAGCAACACAAACGCUGGUUGGAGUCUUCGGAUCACAGAGCGGUCGCCACAGCAGAUCCAAGUCCUCAUCCGCCUCCGGGUAUUUCGCGCGACGCAUAUAUGCGCCAGCGGCUUGCCAUCCACAGCCUCUUGCGACAGUCGGACUUUGUGGACGACAGUCGUGAGGCUGCUCCAGAACCUGCACUAAGGCACACGGUGAAUUGGACCCCGUCUACUGAAGACGAGCAGGUGCAUGAGCCACCCGUAGACCUGGAUAUUCGAGAUGAGCUCUAUCCGUUGACGGACCCGCUAACAAACGACCCGAGCCUACUAUUUGGCCUCCCGUACGGACUGGAUAUCAACGGCUGGCCAGGAGCCCGCGAUGGCCGGCCGAACAUUAUCUUCAUCAUGGCAGACGACCACGCCUCGAAGUCCAUUAGCUGCUACGGCGCAGGAAUCAACCACACCCCCAACAUCGACCGUCUGGCGACCGAGGGUAUGAGAUUCAACCAUUGCUAUGUAACAAACUCGAUAUGUACGCCAUCACGAGCGGCAAUCCUCUGUGGCACGUAUAAUCAUGUCAAUGGCGUGAUGACUCUUGAUGACCAGAUCAAUAAACACAUUCCCAAUGUUGCCAAGCAUCUUCGGACUGGCGGCUACCAGACUGCAAUGGUCGGGAAAUGGCAUUUGGGAGAGGGCGUGGAGAAUCAACCUACAGGCUUCGACUACUGGUCUGUUCUCCCAGGCCAGGGUCUUUACUGGGACCCGGACUUUAUCGGGCCGGAUGGCGCGCAUACCGAGCUGGGAUAUGUCACGGACAUUAUUACUGACAAAUCUGUCGAUUGGAUGAAGUCGCGAGACCGCAACCGUCCGUUCUUCCUGAUGUGCCAUCAUAAAGCGCCCCAUCGGUCAUGGGAAUGCGACGACAAACACAAGCAUAUGUACCAAGAUCCGGUGCGCUUGCCGGAUACGUUCACAGACGACUAUAAGCAUCGUGCCAAAGCGGCCAAGAUAGCGAAAAUGCGCGUCGCGGAAGACCUCACCUACCAGGAUUUGGGACUGGUCCAGCCCGACGGCGGUCGCAGCGUCGGCGAACCUGUGCUUCAAGAAAAAGGGAACAGUGAGCGCAAGGUUCCAGCGCCAACUACCGACGCAGAGCUCAUGGCAAUGAAACUGAUUGACAAGGACGAUGGCACGAUCUUUACCUUCCAGAGCCACGCGGAGCUGGCCGAAUUCAAAUUCCAGCGAUAUAUGCAACGGUAUCUUCGCACCAUCCAAUCUAUUGAUGAUAACGUUGGCCGGUUGUUAGACUACCUCGAUGCCGAGCCUGAGCUGGCAGCAAACACGAUCGUCAUCUACACCUCGGACCAGGGAUUCUUUCUGGGAGAGCACGGUUGGUUUGACAAGAGGUUCAUGUACGAAGAGUCUUUCCAGAUGCCAUUCCUUAUCCGAUAUCCCAAGGAGAUCAAUCCUGGCUCAGAAUGCGACGAUAUUAUCUGCAACGUGGACUUUGCGACUACCUGGCUGGACUAUGCCAAUAUCCCCGUGCCCUCGUACAUGCAAGGCACAUCCUUUCGUCCACUUUUGCGCGGCUAUACCCCAGAGUCCUGGCAACAAGUAGCAUAUCACCGAUACUGGAUGCAUAAUGACAUCAUACACCAUGCACAUGCACACUACGGUGUACGUAACCAGAGGUACAAGCUCAUUUACUGGUACAACGAGGCAUUAGACAUGAAGGGAGCACGUCCCGGAGGUGAAGACGUUAAAGAGUGGGAACUAUUCGACUGCGACCAAGAUCCAUUAGAGCUGUUCAAUGUGUACCAUGACAAAGAUUACCAGGAAGUGGGGAGGGAAAUGACCGUCCUUCUCGAGAAAAAGAUGUUAGAGAUCGGGGAUGAGCCUGUUCAUCAUAAGCAAUCAUGGCAGUGGGCCUCUCUAUGA